AUUCACAAGUGUUUGAGGUAUGGGCUUGGCUGGUGGACGCUCUUGGAGAUCGUGUUUUUACUCAACACAAGAUAUCUGCAAGGAGUAGAAAAGUCGAAAUGUAUCAUAGUUCAACAGACGCUGACACCAAAAGGUGGAUAAUGGAGGACUUUACGAAAUGUGACAGUACGAUCAAAGUGCUAGUGUGCACUGUAGCCUUUGGCAUGGGCGUCAGCAUUUCUGAUACAGAAAUAGUGAUUCACUGGGGAGCCCCGAAGAGCAUACUUGCUUACUGGCAAGAAAUUGGAAGAAGUGGAAGAAGUGGCCAGUAUUCAUAUGCCAUUAUGUAUCCGUACAAACAUUCACUGAUUAGUAAUAUGGCAACAGAGGAAAUAAAAACCUUGUCUAAAUCAAGCGAAUGCCUAAGGAAAUACGCUUUGACAAAAUUAGUCACAAAAAAGAUGAAAGGGGAACUCCCAUCCAGUGAAAACUGUGUAACAAACAAUUGCCAAAUCUGUGCUUGUGCAGCUUGUAGUUGCUGUUCCUUUUGCUACAAACUUUGCCAGUGCAAAGGAAAGCUAGAUGCUUGGUCAAAAUUGUUGUUGUAGGAGAAUGUGAAACAUUAAAGUUAAAUAUCGCUGGAUAUUCAG